UGAAAAUGGCCCUGAUUUGGGUGGUGUUUCUUCUGAGCGCGGGCAGUAGUUUGGCCUUGGGAAAUAAGCAGGCUUUGACUGUGUCUCAGAGGUGUAUGGAGGACACCGACACAUUCCUCUGGGAAAUUAACCAGGACAAGCCAAAAGAAUAUGCUGUUCUCAGUAAGUGGCUUUUACUGUAUUUUUCAUCAUAGUUACUAGCUAUGAUGUGAUUAUGUUAAUCUUAAUGAUUUUAAAAGCAAACUGAAAACAUACCUUGCUUCUAACUAAAUUUUACAUCAUUAACUUUGUUUAAGUGUUUAAGCAUUUAUCUCUUCUAGUUGUAAUGACAGAGCAUCUUUUAUUGAACUAUUUUGGUGCUCUUAUUUUAGUAUCUUUUACUGUUGUUUUUAUUUCACUUUCUUUAUUAUUUGUUAAAUUUUAUUCUAUGCUACUUUGUUUUUAGAUUUUAACCUAAACCUCCAGUGUUUCCUUAUCUUGAGUUUUAAAAUGACGUUUCCUCAGUGAGCACACGCCUUAGAUUGUGGGGUAGGAAUGAGGGGUUGGGCUGGGGUGGAUUUGGGUAUUUUUUUAGUCUUGGGUUGGGGUAGAUUUGGGUAUUCUUUGUUUAUAUUUUUCCUUUUUCUGCAUAAAACACUUUGUGCUACAUGGUUGUGUAUGAAAAGUGCCAUGUAAGUAAGGACUGAUUGAUUGAUUGAUAUGUUGUCUAUCUUUAUGAUUGAAGAUGUAGUGGGUAGUGAUGGUGGUGGCAUACUGGAGUGUGUUCUACUGAAAGGUGUUUUUUUUUUUCUUUCUUCCAAAUUCAUUGCAAACAUGAAGGGAGCAAAAUAUUAGGAACACCUGUCAAUACCAUGCACUGCAGUAUAACUCUUACAACCACUACAACUUCAACUAUUAAAUUAAGGGACAAUUAAAGCUAAUCAAAAACACUGAAAAUGUUUGAAAAUGAAGUUUCGUACAUGUAGGAUUAAAAGUUUUAUGACUGUAAGUCUUUAUUUGCAGACAAACACUAGCACAUACAUUUUCACAAAAGCACAUAAUAGGACAGAAAAAUUGUAAAGUUGUUUCUUACCUUCUUUAUGUUGAAGGAAAAGUGGUUUAUAUCCGUGGUAUAACCCCUUGCCUCUUGUAACUUUUUAAGUUUAUUUCAUCUUGCGCUAGCUAGUCUCACAGAAACGCUAGUCUCGCGUUAACUACACGGAAGACCAAGAUAACUUUCAUUUAUUUACUUAUCAACUCUUUGCUGCCCGUAUUGUAGUUGAGAGACUGGCUCAACACCCAAGUUUCUCAACCAAACACAUGUUUAAAAACUGUUUUCGUUAAGUUUUGUGAACAGCGUCUGGCCGUAAAGUGUUCAAAAACGCCAGGUAGAGUCGUAAAAUGCCGGCUCUACCUGGCGUUCCUUCAUUAAUGGUGCAAUACCGGUUUUGACCAUCAGGCCUGUUAUCAUUAAACUACCAUUCUAACCAAGAGGGGCGCUGUUGCACCCAAAGAUGCCAGUCAGUGGAAAAGGUGAAAGAAAAACACACCAGGCAAAUUUGUACUUAGGUUUGGUUAGAAUGACAGUAAAAGGACUUCUAAAAUACUUCUUUGGUUUUAAGUGUAAAAUAGUAAUAAAAUGAUAUUUUUUUGAAAUUUUUUUAAUCUACUGACUUGGUUUUGCAACUAAGAAUCAAUGAUGCAAAAUUGAAAUAGUCUACUUUAAAGUCUUGAAACGUAAUCAACGGUGAGUUUCAAUGGGAUACGUUUUGUUAUGACAGACUAUGAAUAGGUCACAUUAAACUGGCUGUCUUGUCCCAAUAUCAAGUUGAUUUUGUUUUUGUGUUGUUCGGUGUGUUGUUUGGUGGUGCUCUUAUUUGUAUCGUGAUAGUGUAUGAUUCAUUUGGAAAGAUGGGCAGUAACGUGAAAGGAGGCAAUGUCAACCAGCCUGGAUUACUUCAGCAAUGUCGCUCUGCCCACGGCCCCACGUUCUCUGGACAGUACUGCCAGGUGUUCCUGAGGCAGGUAACAGCAAAAAAAAAGGAUAUUAGAGAAGAAGACAUGUUAUUAAAACAAUUGUAUUUUGGGUGAGAUUAAGUGAUUUUUAAACACAUUUUUUAUUCUUAUACCACAGGGUACAGCCCAGUACUUCAUUGGCAUUUGUGUCCCUGACUCCUGUGGAGAAGAAGAUGUGCAAACAUUGGUGGUGUUUGGUCAGUGAUAGUAAAGUCUGUAUUAUCCAGACCCACUGUAAUAUCAUUCUGUAAUCUUGAUGCUGUAUUUGUCCUCUUGUGACUUUUUUUUUUACAGGGAGGCUUCAGUAUGGCCAGAUGUCCCUUAUUCCACCUCUACCUCCUAUUUUGGUGAAUGAUUCCACUCAAGAAAUGAUCAUGACCCACUGCUUGUCCAACACAAUUAACCCUGAUGCAUCAGAUAUCACCUGCCUGUCAGUAUACAACUAGAUUUGUAUGUUGCAUGUUAACUGUGAGGAGUUCCAAGCCUUAGCUACUUUUUCUUGCAGAAAAUGUGAAAAAAAUCUUUAUUUUCCCGCAGAUUUGUGUGCAGCGUGAUGGUCGCUAUCCCUCUUGCUGCUACCUUGUUUAUGGCUUUAAUUAAGAGGCAGCAAAGCAGAGAGGUCAGUCCAGCAGCAGAGUGUUCCUGUUUAAACACCGGUCUCAACCUCUAUGGUACCGUGAGGACCAAUGGCUCUUCCUGUGUUGACACGAACAGCAACCCGUCAGAGGAAAAUGGUAGAAGUAAGAACUAAGGUUCCUGAAAGACUUUACAAUUAUGCAUUUAUAGUCUUUGAACCCUAAAGGGGUAUUCAGGCGUAAAAUUAAGUUAGGGUCAAACACGCCGAUACACCGAGUUACACACCCCUUCAAGAGAUGAAUGUUGCCAUCUGCUAGCCUCUCUGGUUACACCAACUUUUGUCAAAACCGCAUGAUAGCAAUACAGAGAGCCACGUGCUCAACCAAAAAGCCACUCUAUAACCACAAAUAAUGCUCAGAACAGCACUGAAGUUCACUAACAGUACAUAUAGUGUCCUAGACACGCUCUGCUCAAAAAGUGACCCCCCGGAUCUCCUUCCAGCCUUUCAUUCGUAACACUAAUAGCUUCCCCGCUCGUCGCGACCAAGAAUAAGUUCCAUUUCUCCUAAUAUAAUGUGAAAUGUGUCAGCGGUCAUGUCACAUGUCGGUUAACACAGUUUACUGCAGAACAACUCAUUUUUCCAAUGCAACAAAAGAGAAAAACGAUGGAAAAAUGUAAUCCUCUUCUCCGCUAGCAAACCCGAUUGGUCUUGACGAUGAACGAAAAAGAGUGACGCACAAGCGGCAAGUGCAAAGUGUAGAGAAUGAAGCAAUUUCCUGUUUUUAUAACUCCUAAUAACUUUUUAAAAUGGAGCUGCAGAGAGAAAAAAAGACCUGAACACAAACCAGUCUAAUAAUAACUACAUGUCAACAUCGCAGUCGGGGGUGAGAAAAGUGUAUUUUCUGUGUAAUUAAUUUCUAAAGGCUGUCCGCCGCUCCAUUCACUUUGCUGGCAGAAGUGGGGUUUAUGACUUGUACUGCAGCCAGGCUCUAGGGGGUGCUGUUCUUGGAGUGGCUUCACCCGGCGAAGAGACAGUCGGCGUCCAUCUUAUAUAUGGUUUGACCCCAACUUAAUUUUACUCCGGAAUAUCCCUUUAACUGUGCUUCUCUUUCCAAGGCAGCACCAGCCCAAAUCCUCUAUGCUUCCCUCGACGCUUUUUGUACCGGUGUCUUCAGGUGUUCUCUCUACAAACCACCAGCCAGGGUGUUUUAAGCAUGUCCUCAUCCUUCAGAGGGGGAGGCUACUCAUCUCUCAAUGGCAUCCGUGUUCUCAGCCUGUUGUGGAUCAUAUGUGGACACACUACACAGUUCCCCGUUAUAAACAACCUGGGUAUGAGAGCACUUGUUGCUUCUUUCCUUUUCAGUCUGCUAUUCAUAACCUACUUUCUAUCACAGAUAACUACAAAAACUGGAAGACAACAGUUGAAAGCAGCCCAUUGUAUGUGCUCUCCAUGAGUGGACCUGUUUUUCUGGCUGUGGACACCUUUUUACUGUUAGGGUGAGAGUUAAAGAUGUUGACUUGAGAAGCAGAGGUUGACGCAUCAUUUUGCUCCUGUGAAAACAUGUUUAAAGAGCAGUGUUUGUAUUUUAGGGGUCUGCUAAGUGCAAGGUCUCUGCUGGGCUCCAUUGACAGGGCAGACAACAAACUGAGUCUGAGCCUGGUGGCCAUCUACAUCUUUAAAAGGAUUAAGAGGUAAUAUCUGAUCUAUCAAUCUCAAUGUGUACAGCAUUAAAAAUAUAUAUAUUGAAAGUCUCUGUGGUAAAUUUGAAUUCUUUGUGUCUUUUUGCACAGGAUUCAACCACUUCAUUUGUUUAUUGUGUGUCUAACUAUCGGCCUCAUUUCACUGGUUCAAUGGGGACCCUACUGGUUCCCAUUAAUAGAUACACUGAUGGAUUGUAAGACUUACUGGUGGGCCAAUUUACUCUUGAUUAGCAACCUCCUUCCCGUCCAUGAGAUUGUAAGUUGACCAAUAGUUUGAAAUUCAGACAUACUGUAAUCUAUAUACCGACCCAUUUCAUUUCCCUCAUUUCAGUGUAUUCCUUGGACAUGGUACCUGUCUCUGGAUUUUCAGUGUUACACCACCACUCCAUUGUUGGUCUUCUUUUACAGACUGUAAGUCCUAUCAUAUGAUUCUUUAAAGAUGCUAAAAUAUUAUCCCCUACUUUGAAAAAAGAAACUUGGGCCAUUACUUACCAUUACAGCUCUAAAUCUCUAAACUUGUUCAUGCUCUAAUUUGUUGAUCAGAAACAGAGCUGUGUUUGCAUGUGUUGCUGGAGGCCUUCUGCUGAUGACCACUCUGACCAGUGUUGUUAUAACUGCACUUCUUCAGCUGCCAGUCUUUCAUCCAUCUACACUGUAAGAUUAAGUAACACUGAUAUAAUGCAGGCACUUUUCAAUUGAUGUAUGAUGUGUCUGUACUUUUUUAAUAAUGUCUGUAUUAAAAUACCAAAAAGCUUGUGCAUUUUUUUCAGUAAACUUUUAACUGUUUUACAUUUAUUUAUCACUCUUGCAGGACGUCUCAGAAUUAUGUCUUGUUUUACUAUGUAAAACCCUACACCAGAUAUGGACCUUUUUUGAUAGGGAUCUUGACUGGAGUAUAUCUGACAAAAAAGACUGAUCAGCUGCUGAAGAAAAAGGUAAGAGCAUCAGAUUACACGGCUCGAGUUUGAAAGUGCCACCCCUCUGUGUACUUGUGCUGAUCCUUCACUGUUGUUGCAGUGGCAGGCAACACUUGGUUGGUUCUGUUGUCUGUCAGUCAUGGCUGCAGUCACUGGACUGGCCUACGUCCUCAGAGAGACCCCACCCUAUCCGUCUGUGCCACAUGCACUCUACCAGGGGCUGCACAGACCCAUGUGGGCCUUGGCUGUGACCUGGAUCAUAGUUGCCUGUGAGGAGGGUUAUGGAGGUAAACCAAGACGAAGAAUAUUCCAGAGUCUAAAUACCAAAUUCAUGAAUGACAGCCUGUAACUUGAAACACACACUGCAUUUAUUCAAGUCCUGUUUUUGUUUUACAUUAAGAGUCUUGAUCAUGACAGUUAUUUGCACACCACACUAUCUAACAUUUUACUACUAAAAAAAAAAGUUUAACUACUGGACAACUGAGGGGACUUUUAUUAUUCCCUCUAAGGGAAAUAAACAAGUUACAUAAGUUAUUGAAGUUACUAACUUUUACACGUGAUGCAGAAGUAAAACUUAGAUACUUUAAAUGUGUGUUACUCUUUCCUCAGGUUUUGUCAACACACUCUUGUCAUUGGAUAUUUGGGUACCUAUUUCCAACAUAAGUUUUGCCUGCUAUCUGAUACACCCAGUAUUUGUUAUACUGUACAUGGGCUUGCAAGAAACCCCAAUCCACUACACAGACAUCUACUUUGUAAGUACUUUAGACAGUUUAAUGAUUCUUCAUCCUUUCUUAUUUCAGAUUUUAACAUUUUUUGUCUGUUUUUUGUUUAACAAGUUGUAUGUAUGUUCUCUUGUUUAGAUGUACAUGUUCCUUGGCCAUGUUGCACUCACACUGGUGGUGAGCUAUGUGCUCACUGUGCUGAUUGAGAAGCCUUAUCUGCUUCUCAAAUGGGGCAGUAAAUAAAACAUGAAUAAAAAUCAUACAGUUAACACUCAUUGUGCCCUGUUUUUGUUGACG